GGUGUUGAGAGUGAGAACAGGGACGGACCAUCAGCCGGAGGAAGCUGCAGCGGAGGAAGGGGAGGCCGAGCGUGUGACGAUGCAGCCCUCCCCUGCAGCUGGCUGAUAAAGGUUGCCUUAAUGAAUACAAUUUUCGGAGCUAUCCCCAUCCUGUUCAGGCAUCCAGCCAUUUAUGGCCUGUCCCGGAUCACCAGCAGCCUGUACCUCAGCAAUGGCACGGCUGCCAAUAACAAGCUCCUGCUCUUUGCCAGCCAAAUCACGACCGUCAUCAACGUGUCGGUGGAGGUGGUGAGCACCUUCUACCCCAACAUUCGCUACGUGCACAUCCCUAUCACGGACACCCCCGUGUCUCGCCUUUCUGAUUUCUUUGACCUCGUGGCAGACCGGAUCCACAGCGUGGACCUGCAGCAGGGCCGGACGCUGCUCCACUGCGCUGCCGGCGUCAGCCGCUCCGCUGCCCUGUGCCUGGCCUAUCUGAUGAAGUACCACGCCAUGUCUCUGUCCAACGCGCAUGCUUGGGUCAAGUCCUGCCGCCCCAUCAUCAGACCUAACCAUGGGUUCUGGCAACAGCUCAUCCAGUACGAGUAUAAACUCUUUGGGACCAAUACAGUGCGAAUGGUCAACUCCCCUCUGGGCUUGAUCCCGGAUGUCUAUGAAAAUGAAGUAAGACUAAUGGUAGCGUUUUGACUGUAACUAGCUUUCCCACAUCUCGCCAAGGAGCCCCGCAGGAAAGCGAGGGGACGGCACAGCUGAUCGAGUUUGGAACGUGACCCUAAACUCCUCAGCCUAGCGAGGCGUGCUGCGUGUCCCUCCCUGCCGGCAUACAUACAGAGACAAAUGGGGCUGUCUGGGUUUUGCUGUAAAUAAAACCAACCGGGUUUAAACUACA